GUUGAGUUUGAAACAUUCUCUUAUAUCAUUGUCUUUUUUCAGAGCUUGUUAUUUGAGCUCUCCUUGUUUCUUUUAUUCCUCCAACAAGGACGAGGUUCCAAAAGAACUUCUUCUUGUUCUACAUCACAAAAUUAACAAAAAAAAUACAAUAAAAAGAGAGUUCAAUGAGAAAACCUUCUCUUGAUCGAUGGCUCUUAGCGGCCUGUCUCGUGGUUCUCCUCUCGUCUUCUUGCGCAUUCGCCUCGAAAAAGGAGGUGAAAAAGAAGAAGAAUAAUAAGGAGGUGACUUAUGAUGGAACAUCUCUGAUCAUCGAUGGCAAAAGAGAGCUUCUUUAUUCCGGCUCUAUCCAUUAUCCUCGAAGCACUCCUGAAAUGUGGCCAAGUAUCAUCGAGAGAGCGAAACAAGGUGGUUUGAACACGAUUCAAACAUAUGUUUUCUGGAAUGUACAUGAGCUUGAACAAGGGAAGUUCAACUUUUCGGGACGAAAUGACUUGGUGAAGUUCAUAAAGUUGAUUCAGAAGAAUGGCAUGUAUGUGACAUUGAGGCUUGGACCAUUCAUCCAAGCUGAAUGGACUCAUGGAGGACUUCCUUAUUGGCUUAGAGAAGUUCCUGGAAUUUUCUUCCGUACAGACAAUAAAGAAUUCAAGGAACAUACAGAGAGGUAUGUACGGACGGUACUCGACAAAAUGAAGGAGGAAAAAUUGUUUGCUUCACAAGGAGGCCCCAUUAUAUUAGGACAGAUAGAGAACGAGUAUAGCGCGGUUCAACGCGCAUAUAAACAAGACGGAGUUAACUACAUUAAAUGGGCAUCUAAUUUGGUCGACACAAUGAAUCUUGGGAUCCCAUGGGUUAUGUGCAAGCAUAACGAUGCUCCUGAUCCUAUGAUCAAUUCUUGCAAUGGAAGGCAUUGUGGUGAUACUUUCCCUGGUCCAAACAAAGAAAACAAACCGUCUUUAUGGACCGAGAACUGGACUACUCAGUUCCGUGUGUUUGGUGAUUCGCCAGUUAAAAGAUCAGUAGAAGAUAUUGCUUUCUCAGUUGCUCGAUUCUUCUCCAAGAAUGGAACUCAUGUGAACUACUACAUGUACCAUGGGGGAACCAACUUUGGCAGAACCUCUGCCCAUUAUGUCACCACUAGAUACUACGAUGAUGCACCUCUUGAUGAAUAUGGUUUAGAGAGAGAGCCUAAGUAUGGUCACCUUAAACAUCUUCACAAUGCUCUUAACCUUUGCAAGAAACCACUUCUCUGGGGUCAGCCUAGGACCGAGAAGCCUGGAAAAGAUACCGAGAUUAGAUACUACGAAGAACCUGGAACGAAAUCUUGUGCAGCUUUCUUGGCUAACAACAACACCGAAGCUGCAGAAACCAUUAAAUUCAGGGGGAAAGAAUACGUGAUAGCGCCACGUUCCAUUAGUAUUCUUCCAGAUUGUAAAACUGUUGUUUACAACACUGCACAGAUUGUUUCUCACCACACUUCAAGGAACUUUAUGAAGUCUAAGAAGGCGAACAAGAAGUUCGAUUUCAAGGUGUUCACUGAGCCAUUGCCUCAUAAGCUAAAGGGUGACUCUUACAUACCUGUUGAGCUUUACGGUUUGACUAAAGACAAGACAGACUAUGGAUGGUACACAACAAGCUUCAAGAUCAAUAAGAAUCAAUUACCUAAGAAGAAAGGAGCUAAAACUGAUGUGAGGAUUGCUAGUCUUGGACACGCAUUGCACGUUUGGUUUAACGGAGAAUACCUUGGAAGUGGACAUGGAAGCCAUGACGAGAAGAGUUUUGUUUUCCAAGAACCGGUUGCACUAAAAGAAGGAGAGAAUCACCUUGUUAUGCUUGGUGUUCUCACUGGAUUUCCAGAUAGUGGAGCUUACUUGGAGCACAGAUACACUGGUCCUCGUAGUGUUUCCAUCUUAGGAUUGAGUUCUGGAGUACUUGACCUCACUGAAAGCAGCAAAUGGGGGAACAAGGUCGGUAUGGAAGGAGAGAGACUCGGAAUCCAUACCGAGAAAGGUUUGAAGAAGGUCAAAUGGCAGAAAUUCACUGGAAAAGCACCAGGACUUACAUGGUACCAGACCUACUUCGAUGCACCGGAGAGUGAAAGCGCAGCAGCGGUUCGCAUGAGUGGAAUGGGAAAGGGAUUGAUUUGGGUGAAUGGAGAAGGCGUUGGAAGAUAUUGGAUGUCUUUCUUGAACUCAUUAAAUCAAUCCACGCAAAUAGAAUAUCACAUCCCUAGAUCUUUCUUGAAGCCCAAGAAAAACCUUCUUGUUAUAUUCGAGGAAGAGCCUAAUGUGAAACCUGAGAUUAUAGACUUCGUCAUCGUCAACAGAGACACUGUUUGUACUUACGUCGGAGAAGACUACAUUCCAAGUGUUAGGCACUGGACAAGGAAGCAAGACCAGGUCCAAGCCAUCACUGAUAACGUGAGUCUCACAGCUACUCUUAAAUGCUCUGGCAACAAGAAGAUCGCAGAAGUCGAGUUCGCUAGCUUCGGAAACCCUAUUGGUACUUGUGGAAACUUCACACUUGGUACUUGUAAUGCUCCCGUUUCAAAGAAAGUCGUUGAGAAGCAUUGUUUGGGGAAAGGAGAGUGUGUGAUUCCGGUGAACAAAAGCACAUUCAAACAAGACAAGAAAGAUUCAUGCAAGAACGUUGUCAAGACGCUUGCCGUGCAAGUCAAGUGUGCUCGUGACAGGAAGAACUGAGGGUAUCUUUUUAUCAUCACUAUCACAUAUGGUUCAAUGUUCUGCUUUUAGUAGACCAAUCUCAAAAGUGCUCGUGUGGCAACAUUGUUUGUAUAUGGUUUCUUAAAUUUAAACGUUCAUAUCCGAAGUAAGAUAUUGGCAUAUGAUCGAUCCUAUCAAGAAACAACUACGUAUUCAAAAACAUUAUCUGAUUGUUUAUAAACCCUUUUAUUGAAUGUUUCCUUUUA